AUCCUUAAACCACACACCACCCCUCCGACCCCAUUAGUGGAUGAAAUGAACCUGUAAGCACUUGGGACAGGACCCAGCAAGCAGAAAGCACUUAUUGUGGUGCUUGUUACCAGUAACCCAUGUGGAACUCUGCCUGUGCUUACCUGGGCAGAGUGUGGGAUGUGGCCUGGGCAGGAUGUGGCCAUGGGCAUCUGGCCCUACAGGUUCCUCCGCCAGGCCAUUUCCAUCGCACCGCACCCCGGCCUCCUGCCCCCACCAUCGCUCCAGCCCUCACCCCAAACUCCCUAUGACCUCCGAGGCUGGCGGCUUUGGCAGCCCCAGAAAGGGGUGCCAGGCACCCUGUUACCCAGUCGACGGGCUCCGCCCUCUCCCGCCCCGGGUUAACCCCGAGCCUGGCGGAGGAGCCGGGACAGUUGCCCAGACCCGACGGAUGGAGGAGGUGCGGGACCCACAGGCGCUUGGCGGCGGGAUGGAGGCGGACGAGCCCGCGAGCCCCCAGGAGCCGCCGUCGCCGCCGCCACCCCCGUCGCCGCUGGCGCCCGCGGCCCCCGAGACCCCCGGGCUCCCCACGCUCGAGCAGCCGACCGAAGCCUACGCACGGCAGCUGCUGCUGCAGGAGUGGGCGCCGCCGGGCGGGAGCCUGGAGCUGCCCCCGCGCCUCACCUGGAAGCUGCUCUUCCUCCGGCGGCCGCUGUACCGCAACCUGCUGCGUUCGCCCAACCCCGAAGGCAUCAACAUUUAUGAGCCUGCGCCCCCUACUGGUCCCACCCAGCAGCCUCUGGAGACGCUCGGCAAUUUCCGCGGGUGGCACAUUAGGACUGAGAAGCUCCAACAGAACCUCAGCUGGACAGUGAAGCAGCAGUGUGUGGACCUUCUGGCCGAGGGCCUGUGGGAGGAGCUACUGGAUGAUGAGCAGCCACACAUCACUGUCAUGGACUGGUAUGAGGACAGCCAGCUGGACACGUGUGUGUAUGAGCUGCAUGUCUGGCUGCUGGCAGCUGACCGCCGCACAGUCAUCGCCCAGCACCACGUGGCUCCCCGGACCUCUGGGAGAGGCCCCCCAGGCCGCUGGGUCCAGGUGUCCCACGUCUUCCGCCACUAUGGCCCCGGCGUCCGCUUUGUCCACUUCCUGCACAAGACCAAGAACCGGAUGGAGCGUGGCGGGCUGCGGCGGACCAGGGCGACCGACUCUUCCGUGUCUGUGCAGUUCCGGGAGUGACUGGCCGAUCCCAGCCCGUUCUGACCCUUGUCUCAUCUACCCAGCCCUUGACACCUCCCUUAGCAUCUUCGUGCUCCUUGGCCACUUCUGAUGUCUUAGCAUCUCUCCAACCCCAGAACAGCUCCCUGACCCUGGAAGGCCCUGACCCUGAGCCCCUCCUUGACCCUUAAGCGCCACUAUGUUCUCUUGGCACCUCCCCGCCCCCUCCACACCGUCACGACCCUUCAGCUGCUCCUGGGUCAUGUACCACCUCCCCCACCCCUUAAGCCUGCCUGGGACCCAGCAGAAACCUCUUUUUGACAUCGUCACGCAUCUUGGACUCUGACUCUCUGGCAUUUUCCCUGCACUCUCUGAGCUCCCUGAGGGCAUUGGCCACUUCUUCCUGAGUCAGUGCUUCACAGAUAGUAGGAGCUCAAUAAAUCUUUGUCGACUGAAUGAAUAAAUACGUGUGCCCAAG